AUGAUGAAAGCCAUGAAGAUUAAGUACGUCGUCAUCGGACUGACCGACAAGACGAGACGACGUCACCCUCUCAACGCCGUACAUGAAACUGGAGAAGAACUGUUCUUAGGAACACACAACAGUAGAGGUGUUGUUGGAGUUAGCGUCCUCGUCAACAAAAGUAUAGCAAAGAACAUCGACUCUUUCGAACAACUUACAACCCGAAUCGGACGUCUGCGGAUCAGAAGAUGUAACACCAACUUUAACUAUCUUCGUCGCUUACGCUCCAACAUCAAUGUACGAAGAAGAAGAAGUCGAAGCUUUCUAUAUGGACCUGGAGAAGUUCUACCGAGAAGAUCAUGCCUUCUACGAGGUUAUAACUGGAGAUUUCAAUGCCAAAGUUGGCCCAAGAAGAACGACGAGGAACUUCACAUCGGGACCCUACAAUUGAAUGAACAGAGGAGAGGCUCUCCGAGUUCAUCAUGA